UCACCAAAACCAUAGAUGCGAUGGCGCUGUUGUCGCUUAGAAGGUAGUUUUGUGUUCGUGGCUUUCACUGUAACUCAUCAAAUGUCUUCAACUCCUGUGCACAAAUUCCAGGUGGAGAUGACCUGUGAGGGCUGUUCUGGAGCGGUGAAGCGCGUUCUUGGGAAACUCGAACAACAAAUAGAGGAUGUGAAUAUUGAUCUGGAGAGCAAGAUUGUCCUAGUCAAGUCUAAUAUGACGUCUGAGCAGCUGCUCGAGGUGAUUCGGAAAACGGGAAAGACAACCAACUAUCUUGGGCUGAAUCAGUAGUCAAAUUAUCGGUCAAAUUGCAUCUGAUUUUUCACCUUUUUCAAAGUAUUUUUAUAUUGAUUUGUAAUAUGUUAUAAAGGACUGUGCAUGCAAA